AUGUCAGCUGAUGCACGUGGUCAACUUAUGCACGACCAGUCGCAAGAAAAAAUCCUUGCAUCGCUCAUGAAUGAACUGACCCCACCGUCGCGAGAGGAGCAGAAUCAGCUAGCAAACCCCACCUUUCCGGUUAUGCAGCAGCUCAAAGCAAGUGCUAAAGGGCACACUGUUUUCUCCGCAAAAGCAUCCCUGGUCCAUUACCUUGGUCUGCUCGAGAAAUCAGCACUUAGUGAAGGAACAAUGCGUACCCGCAGAACACAACUUAGAGCCUAUUUCUUAUUUUGUAAAGCUUAUGACCUACCAGCCUUUCCGGUAACUGAGCAGGUCUAUUGGCUCUAUUUAGCCUUUCUUGUAGGUUUUUUUUCUUCAUAUAAUUCUGUUAACAAUUAUCUCAGUUGCCUUAAGAAAGUUAAUCUAUACUUUGGAGCUGACAUCACUUUUUUUGCAUCAUCACAGAUUAAUUUUCUCAAACAGGCUGCCAAACGUGUGCUAGCCAAACCAGUAGGGCAUAAAUUACCUAUUACUGUUGACAUUUUGUUAGCCAUUUUCAAGUUGUUGGAUUUUCGUCAUGCCUUGCAUGUUUGCAUGUGGACAAUUUUUCUUGUUGCAUUUUUCUCAUUGUUGCGUAAAUCUAAUUUAGUUCCUACCACAAUAGCCAAUGUUACUAGUGCUUCAGCUACUCACUUAAGAAUUUGCAAUGUUAGCUUUCAUCAAGACCACUGUACACUCCAUGGAUACAAAACCAAAACUAUUCAGUUUAGGCAGAGGGCCCUUGAAAUUGUUCUGCCAUUUAUCCCUCACUCAGUGUUAUGUCCUGUUUCCGCAUUGAAACGUCAUCUUCGGUAUGUAACCGCGGACACUGAGGCACCUUUAUUUACUAUUCAUACCUCAACAGCAUUCAAGCCUGUUACAGGGUAUCACUUUGCUAAAUUCCGUAAGUCUUGCAUAGUUAGUCUUGGGUUGGAUCCCACACAAUAUUCUCCCCACAGCUUCAGAAGGGGAGGUGCUACUUUUGCCUUUCAUGCUGGUGCUUCACCCUUGUUCAUUAAAUUCUUAGGGGAUUGGUCAUCAGAUGCUUAUAUGGUUUAUUUAGUUCUCAACACCACUCAAAAACUCAAUGCUGCUAAAACCUUAGCUCAGCACAUCCCUACAACUCAUGAUUAGGUCACUACCACUUAGCUUUCACUACUUCCUCAUUACUUCACACCUUGGGUUUUGGGGUCUGUCUUCUGUCAGAUUUCUUGUUUUUCAUUUUGCCAAUAAACUCGUUGAACUCAUCUUGGUGUGACAGUAAUUGGGUAGUAUUAAUUUAUGUUAAUACAUGUAAUUAAUGGCGAACAGUCAUUGGCCAGAAUUGAUCAUGUGACCUCUACAUGUGCUUUAGUUGUUGGACAAUCUCCUAGCGUUAGGCCUUGACAACUCACCCUUCCCACCCUUAAGGUCUGUUUUUUGUCAGAUUUCUUGUUUGUCAUUUUGCCAAUACACUUGUUGAACCCAUCUUGGUGUGACAGUAAUUCUUGUCAUCACUGAGCUGCAGUGGUUUUGAGGGUUCUUAUGCGCUACUCUUCAACAUGAGUAUGCUGAGUGAUUGAUACCAGCAGUUUUAUCGUCGUAUUACUUUAAUCACUUCAUAGGGUGAUUUAGUGUAUUUUCUAGUGUUAUUUAGUUCUCAUUCGCUAUUUGGUAUCAUCGGUUUUUAGUCAGAUAUAUUUGCACUCUACGUAUUUUUAGCUAAGUUUUUGUUCGAUUUUAUCGUUUUCAGUUCGAACCGACCUUGUACGACUUGUUUCCCAACUUAAGGACCUUUUGUCUUGUCAAUCGACCUCGUCGAUUCUUCUGUAUCAAGUUGUGACCUCUGUGCUAGGAACAUUGAUCUCUGGUUCAAUAAAUCUGUUCAUGUUACUUCCUUCACUUCUCGUCAAGUUCAUUUUAUGCCGCGCACCAUGUCAAGUGGUUUACUUGGAUUUUUGGUUCUGGUAUUCUGUCCUUGUAAAUUACAACAACUUUAGAUGACUUUCGCAAUCCCCCCCAUGUCUUCAUUUACCAAGCAAAUUUGAGCGGUCCCUCUCUGAAUCCUUCCAAAGUUUUCAGCGAUCCCCCUUUUGGGUUCUCAGUUACGACGGAUCCCCCCUUUUGUUCUCCUCAAAAUUAAGUGAUCCCCCCACUAAAAUCCCCCCCCCCCCCGGCGAUAAAUAAUGACUGGUCCCUUAAGUGUAAAUAUUUUUCACUACAGUGCUUGAGGCCCACAAAAAGUCAGAUAUCCUCGUCCUCUUCAAACAAAAAGAUUGGAAGGAGGGGGGCUCAAAUCCAAAAACCCUAUCAGAAAUCUAUGAGAUUUAACCAUGGAAUUUCUAGAAGGAUGGAGUCUCUAACAAUCAAUAAAAACUCUCAAUAUGGAAGGUAUGGAUACUUUAUGGAAUUAUGCAAUAAAGUACAAAAGUUAUUGUUGAAAUUUUUAUAGGCAUGUUUACGAACAUCGUUCCACGAUUGCCUGGUAGCACACAUGACAGCUUCAUAUUUAGCAGUUCAUUGAUUGGUCAGAGGUUUGAGCCUCAGCCCCGCACAUUGGAAGAUGGCUUGCUUCUUGGAGAUAUUGGGUACCCUUGUAAACCAUAUCUCAUGACCCCAUAUCUCAACCCUACAUCUGUAAAUGAGGAAGCAUUCAACCAGGCCCAUAAAGCUACAAGGGUGGCCAUUGAACACACCUUUGGAUGGUGGAAGCGAAGGUUUCAUUUGCUUCACUCAGAAGUAAGAAUGAAGCCUGAGAAGGUCUGCCUUAUUAUUGGAGCUUGCACCAUAUUGCACAACAUCGCAAUACUAAGGAGUGAACCACAGGAUUGCCACCUCCUGCAUGACGACGACCAGCCAGCAAUGGCCCCCUUUCAUGGCCCAGAGAAUGGAAAGGCUGUGAGAGAUCACAUUUGCCACACCUUUUUUCCAAAUUCCCUUUUCUCCACUAGAGGUAUAUCUUACGGUGUCAGCAUCUAAAUUCAUUAAAUAACUUAAACAUCGUCAAUAUUGCAAUCUUCAAAAAUGAUGUCAGACUCUCUGUAUGGGUAAUAGCUGCUGACGUCUAUUUUGUUACACAUUUUCCUUCAAAUCAUCUGAUUUUCAGGUAAAAUUGUUGUAUAUCAAGAAUCAUUUUGUGUUCCAGUGCUACUAGUGAGUUCGCCAUCAUUCAACGUCUAACAUUGUCAAACUUGGUUGAAACAUUCAAGCCAUUGUCGCUUUAAUUGCUAAGAUUGUUGCUUCAUCAAAAGUGGUCUUUGUGACUUUUCGAUUUUGUCUAAAAUACCCAAUACAGAGGCUCACAAGUCAAGAAGAGUAUAAACUUUGUCGCAUGUCUUUUGUUCCAAAAAUGCUGUCCUCUUUGAAGAACUUAAUUGUUCAGCUAUUGGUACUGUUUAUGUCCUGACAUAGUCACAACAUCUCUCGCCAAAAUGUUCAAAAUUUUUAUGUCACUGCCUAAGGCUUAACAGUUAAUGUAAAUACACCAAUGGAAGUAUUAUGACCAGGUAUCUCUGAGAUAGUUUGGAAAUCCUUAACAUUUGGUAUAAUACUUCCAGUAGUUUGACAUUCAAAAUAUUGUUCCGAGAAAACAUUGUCAGAAUGAUUGUAUAUGGUAAAAAUGGGAGGUGACAGAAACCACUGUUAAUACACUUGGAACUACAAGACAUUUUCUGGAUAAAAGGAAACCAGUACAAAGGAAUAAUUCCUACAAUUCUGCCUGUCAGUGUUGUAAAGAUUCCAAAUAGUAAUGACUUAUGAGAUCAUUACAGGUUUCUGGGAAACUGUCCACCUACUCCUUCCCUAAGCCAACAUUAACACUUACAUUUCGUAAUACCAAUAUGGAUCCUUCCUCUCAGUUUUACAUGGAUAAUAAAAAUGAAAGGAGAAUGCAAGAAACAAAAGACUCAAUUCCACCUCUACUUUUUCUUGGAGGAAAUGUAAUUAGUACUGUGUGACCCCCACCCUAUCUCACUCAGGUGAUAUAUAUCUAGUAGCAAUAAGAAAAAUUCUAUAUACAGCUACUAUGCCUGUCAAGCUGCUGUAAAGUAUUUUGUGAUACAAUUUAUUAUUUUGUGUUGCUCAAAUAGCACCAUUUGGAUUUGUGGAGAACAUGCUAUUCAGUUGAAAGUUCACUCAAACGUUCUUUCAAGAGGCAAGAAGAUGACAUGUAAUGUGAAAUGGAAAAAAAUCUUUUAAUGAUAUAAGUGCUACCCAUAAUGGAAAAUAUAUGCCAAUUAUGGAUUGGGCAAAGUUGUUUUUAAUUUUAUCAUGGAAUGUAAUUGAUAAUAAAAACUUAAUUUAAUGCAAUAUAAAAUAAUGGAUUUGAAUCAAAAUGAAAUAUAUUACUAUGUAACUGGUCACAGAGACAUUAUUUCCAUAAGUGGGAUAAACAAGAUUUUGUGUAUGAAAAAAUAUGCUUGAAAUUUAUGUAGAAUCUGAAACAUUUUACAAAACAUUGUAAGCUUAUGUAAAAUCCCAAUAUCAAUAUAAAGUGUUCAUAAAAAAUAUCCUGCAUUCAAAUUGGGAUGUUUUCCUUACCUUCUUCACCCAGUUUUUUGCUGAUAAGAAGAAUUUCCAUUCGAAGCUUUGUUUUCUUUAGCUCUAGCAUUUCUUGUUGCAGUUUUAAUGCCUUGUGUUGCUCUUCAAGAACAUCAGCUUGUGAAAUUCGUCUCUUUCUAUUUGGUGGCAACGAUGAAUGAUCUUCCUUAACCUGUGCUAUCAGACCAAGUUUCAUCAUAUCUUCACUUAAUAGUGUUGGCAAAUCUUGUUGGUCUUCCACAAUAUCUGCUUCAGCUGGUUCUAGCCCGUUUUUGCUGCUGUCGGGGAUCAUUGAGUUGGUAAACAUUAAAACCAACAAUAUUUUGUCUAAGCCAAUCAGUAGUUAUAUAAUGAUGCCAUGGUACUCACUCACUUGGUACUUUUCCCCUGCCAUUUUUCAAUUAUUUCCCUCAUUUGACACAAAAUUUCAAUGACGGAAUUUAGACAAAGAAAUUUUUGUACUUUUUAAAAUUAAUUUCUGAGUUUAUCUUCUGUCAUUGUUCAAUUAAUUUGUGUCUCACGUCUUGUACUUUUUUCUGGUUAUUUUCUAUCAUUGACUUUUUUUUCUGAUUAAUUACGUCAUUAGCUGAUUAAGCACUGUUAUCAACUAUUUUCUGGUAAAACCUGUUUUAAUAAGGUUGAAGUGGAAAAAUAAAAUGAUUUAAAGAAAUUAAUAUAAUAAUAAAACACAAUGAUUAGCAAGGUUAUUCCAAAUUACGCAAAGGAUUUUAAGAAUGAAUACCUUUUUAUAUUGGGUAUUAAUAAUGAGUUUAAGUAUUUUCUUGAUAACAUGAACGAAGCAACUCGUGAAUUAUUUGAAAAUUUUAGAGUUGAUAAAAUAAAAAAAUUUAUUAAAUUAUUUUUAGCAUAUCAAAAUUUAGGCCAAUUUAAAGAUGUUAGUAAUUUUGAGAUUAAAAGUAGUGAUACUAAAAACUUAAUUAAGAUUAAAAAAAUUUUAAUGAUUUUAAUCGCCUAAUUGAAUAUAAAAAAGAUUGUUAUCAUGGAGAUGAACAAAAUUUUAUUGUUCCCUAUCCUGGUUUCAAAAAUAUUUAUGAUGAUUUUGUAUUAUUUUGUAGUAAGUUUAAAAUAAAAUAUGAAGCUGAUGAUAGAUUUUGGGAUUAUAAUGCUGAUAGAGAUAGAUAUCGUUAUAGAUAUUGUUUUGGUGAUAGUGAUAGUGAUAGUGAUUAAUCUUAUAACAAUUUUUGUUAUAAGAUUUUAGUAUAAACAUAUUAUAAAAAUGGAAGAGUUAUUAAAGGAAUUUGAAGAUAAUGGUAUUAAAGUUGUGGUUGGAUGCCAAGAGAAAGAAAGAAAAAAAAUAUGACUGAAGCAAUGAAAAAAUUAAAAGAGAGUAAUGAUGAGAAAAAGAUUGAAUUAGCAGAAAAAUUAGCUAGACAUUAUGAAAUUUAUGAUCUCAUUGAAAAAUUACCAACAAAACCUGAUUUUCCUUUUGAAGAAGAUAAGUAUGGGUCACAUUAUCUUUCCUCUUAUUUAGAGGGUAUUCUUGAUACAGCUAAGAGGGGUAUCGCAGGUGUUAUUAAAACUCUUGGAAAUGACGAGGAAUUAGAUCCUUUUACUAAAUAUCUUAUGUUUACUCAUAUGUAUACACCAGAGCAAGUAAAAGAAAUAGGACAUGAAGAAAUACAUAGAAGGGAAGAAAAGUUUGAAAAAGAAUUAGGAUUAGUAUAA